AUGGGAAUAGAUAGUAACAAUAACAACAAUAAUAAAAAGCACAACUUAAAUCACCACAACCAAUCAAGUGAUCAACAAAAAAACAAAGAAAAAAAUAAUAAUACCGCUCCUCAUCCAUGUUUCCAAUCUUCGCAACAAGUUAUAAGAGACUUAUUAGAAAAAGAUGAAUCGUUGAGUCCAAAUUUAUAUAUGAAUAGAUUUAGUACUUCUAAUCCAGAAGAGUUUACAAAUACUCCAACUUUUAUCAUAAACACGGUAACCUCUGGCAACAGUGCUGUUAUUAAUAAUUUGAUGAAUAAAAACAAAAUAAAAAUAGAUGAAGGUGCCCUUGAUUCUUCUGAAAUUAUUGAACAAAUAAAUCGUUAUGAAAAUGAGCUAAUAAGGGACAAUAAUGUCAAAAUUGAGCAGCGUCUUAUAAUAGACCAAGAAAAUACUGUAGACGACAACGAUAAUAGUAAUAAUAAUAAUAAUAAUAAUAAUAAUAAUAAUAAUAAUAAUAAUAAUAAUAAUAAUAAUAAUAAUAAUAAUAAUAAUAAUAAUAAUAAUAAUAAUAAUAAUAAUAAUAAUAAUAAUAAUAAUAAUAAUAAUAAUAAUAAUAAUAAUAAUAAUAAUAAUAAUGUCAGAACUUUUGACUCUUUCUGUGAGCAGUCUGCUAUCAUUCAUGGCCUCACUAUUAAUGAUCAAGUGCCCAACAACUCAGGUAUAUGUGCAUAUACACGAUUCCAACAACAAAAUACAGUAUUAACAUCCAAAAAUAAUUAUCCAAAAAUAUCUUUAAAAAAAAAAAAAAUUAGAAGAUGUAAUGUUUGUGGUAAAGAUUUUUCUAGACCGUCAUCAUUAGAAAUUCACAAAAAUAUACACACAGGCAUAAAGCCUUUUGUUUGUCCUUAUAAAGAUUGUAAUAAAACUUUUAAUGUCAAGUCUAAUAUGAUUAGACAUUCAAAAUUGCAUGAGAAACUAAAGCCUAAAUCGAAUGAAUGA